AUGUUCAACAACUGUAUUUUUGAUUACUUACUAUUUAUAGAUGAUCAUGUACCAGACACUACUCAAAUGUUGAUGAAUAUUGGUCAUGUCUUAAAAAAUGCUCUUUUAUCAGUUGCAGGACAGAUAAAUGUAUUAAAAAAAGACAACGAAACAUUAAAAGUAGACCUUGCCAAAAACCAAGAAUAUCUUGUUGAUUUAAUCAGAAUGGUAAAUAACAAAGGAUUUAAUAAUGAGGAUAAAAGCUAUUUUGAUAGAUCUAAUUUAAAAAUACCAGUAAAAAAUUUUGAAGAAUUAAAGGCACUGGAAUCAAAUGAUGAACAAAAAAAAAUUCUAGCUCAAGUACUUCGCAGAAAUGGGAAAUCAUUUGAUUCCAAGCGUACUACUUAUCAAAUGCUAAAAAUAUUAAUGGACAAUAGAGUAGCUGAACUUUUAAAUGUCGAUGGCAAAAGGGGCAUAAAGUUAGCAUUUGUUAAAAUGGACUUGUACACUAUUUCAAUUGAUAGUGUGAAACACUUAUUUCCUGAUGAACCUGUACCACUCAUAAAAAACCAAAUUAGUGAUUGGUUAAAACAAGCACCAAGGAGAAAGUGAUACAUAAUAUUGUUUUUUUUUUUUUCAUUUAUAUAUAAUAUGUAAACAUAUCCAUAUAGGUAUGGAAUAAGUUUUUUAAGUUUUUGAUUUUAAUACAUUUACUGUAUUGCA